AUGGCCUUGUCGAGUGCGAUGUGCGGCGAGAGUUCGGAGGGGAAGGAGCGCGGUGAGCGAGCCUCCGAGGCGCUGCUCAAGGGGAUCCGGUCCUGCGGUUGCUCCCGAACGGAGGAGCUGACGAUGGAGGAGGCGGUGGAGGCCAAUGUCCGUCACACCAUCGAUUGUCUCUUGAAAUACAGCAGUGGUAUUCAGGAGAAGGUAGAGAAUGGCCAGUUGGAAAUCCAUGGCGCGAUCUACGAUGGAGCCAGCGGCCAUGUCCGGUUUCUUUGCGAGAACACACUGAUGGGCGCUUAA